UCAUUUGUCGGCCUGACGCCUAUUAUGAAGUGAGAGCAAAGCAAGCCCUUGGCCUGGUCGGGGAGAGACGGCGGAGGCGACGACGGCAAUGGGGGACGAUCGCAGGCGCAGCAGAUAUUCGCAGUCCCCAUCGCCGAGGCGAGGUCCAUCGCGGAGCCCUCCGCCGCUAAAAUCACCUCUCAAGGAGGAUCCUGACAAUCCGGGAAAUAACCUCUAUGUCACUGGGCUCUCGACGCGGGUUGCGGAAAAGCAGCUCUUGGAGCAUCUCUCGCGAGAGGGGAAGGUCCUGGAGUGUCGGAUCGUGGUGGAUCCGAGGACCAAGGAGUCUAGAGGGUUUGGAUUCGUGACAAUGGCCAGUACGGAGGAUGCGGAGCGCUGCAUCAACUAUAUGAAUCGCUCCACGCUCGAGGGCCGUAUAAUCACGAUAGAGAAGGCUAGGCGCAAGAGACCACGAACUCCUACACCUGGAGAAUACCUGGGUGUCCGAGCUCCUCCAAGAUCUCGGCCACCGGGUUACGGUCCACGACAUCGCGAGAGAGACCGAGACAGGGACUACAGGGACUACUCCCGUAGAUCACCCCGCUACUCUCCAUACAGGGGUGAUAGCCGCGACAGAUCUCCACACGGUCGGAGCUACCGCAGGGAGCGAUCCCGUUCGCCUUACUACUACCGCAGGGAACGCUCUCGCUCGCCUUACCACAUGUACCGACGCUGACCACCACAAGGCUUCUCUUCAUUUACCUGGACACUGCUACUCUCAUCCCACACUCUCAAGUUUGUACUCCAAAGAAAAAGGACAUUUUUACAUUACCAAA